AUGAAGUUGGGCAAAGUGGAGUUCUGCCAUUUUUUGCAGAUAAUAGCUCUUUUCCUCUGUCUUUCUGGGAUGAAUCUAACUGAACUCUCAAGAUCCAGGUCAAAGCCUGGGAGGUCACGAACCAAGCGCAGUUGGGUGUGGAAUCAGUUCUUUGUGCUGGAGGAAUACAUGGGGACUGAUCCUCUCUACGUAGGCAAGCUUCACUCUGAUGUUGAUAAAGGAGAUGGCUCAAUCAAAUACAUCUUGUCAGGAGAAGGGGCAAGUUCCAUUUUUAUUAUAGAUGAGAACACGGGGGAUAUCCAUGCUACAAAGAGGCUCGAUCGGGAGGAACAGGCCUACUACACCCUCCGAGCGCAAGCACUAGACAGACUGACAAAUAAGCCUGUGGAGCCUGAGUCAGAAUUCGUCAUUAAGAUUCAGGACAUCAAUGACAAUGAACCUAAAUUUCUGGAUGGCCCUUACACUGCUGGAGUGUCUGAAAUGUCUCCUGUGGGCACCUCGGUGGUACAAGUAACAGCUACUGAUGCAGAUGACCCUACAUAUGGCAACAGCGCCAGGGUGGUUUACAGCAUUCUGCAAGGACAGCCUUAUUUUUCUGUGGAACCAAAGACCGGUAUUAUCAAGACUGCUCUCCCCAAUAUGGACAGAGAAGCAAAAGACCAGUAUCUGCUUGUCAUCCAAGCAAAGGAUAUGGUUGGCCAAAAUGGGGGACUAUCUGGGACCACUUCAGUCACCGUCACCCUCACAGAUGUCAAUGACAACCCUCCUCGUUUUCCCCGACGGUCAUACCAAUAUAAUGUCCCUGAGUCUUUACCUGUGGCUUCCGUGGUGGCAAGACUAAAGGCUGUGGAUGCCGACGUGGGACCUAAUGCUGAAAUGGAAUAUAAGAUUGUGGAUGGCGAUGGCUUGGGAGUUUUCAAAGUUUUAGUGGACAAAGAGACACAAGAAGGGAUUAUUAUGAUACAGAAGGAGCUGGAUUACGAAGCCAAAGCUAGCUAUACAUUGAGGAUAGAAGCAGCAAAUAAACAGGUUGAUCCUCGUUUUCUCAGCCUUGGGCCAUUCAGUGAUAUGACAACAGUGAAGAUCAUUGUGGAAGAUGUUGAUGAGCCACCUGUAUUUACCUCCCGUCUGUACUCUAUGGUAGUGUCUGAAGCAGCCAAAGUGGGCACCAUCAUUGGAACUGUAGCAGCUCAUGACCCCGAUGCCUCUAAUAGUCCAGUCAGGUACUCAAUAGAUCGAAACACAGACCUGGAGAGAUAUUUCAAUAUUGAUGCCAACAGCGGGGUCAUUACGACAGCAAAGCCUUUGGACAGAGAGACAAAUGCUGUUCAUAACAUCACGGUGUUAGCAAUGGAGAGUCAAAACCCUUCACAGAUUGGGAGAGGAUAUGUAGCCAUCACUAUCCUUGACAUCAAUGACAACGCUCCUGAGUUUGCAAUGGAUUAUGAAACAACUGUCUGUGAAAAUGCAGAGCUUGGCAAGGUAAUUCAGAGAAUCAGUGCCAUUGACAAAGAUGAUCCACCCAGUGGCCAUCAGUUUACCUUCAGCUUGGCAGGAGAGGCAGCAAAUAACCACAAUUUUACAUUGCAAGAUAACAAAGACAACACAGCAUCCAUAAUAACCAGAAGGAAUGGAUUUCGGAGGCAGGAACAAUCAGUUUACUAUUUGCCAAUAUUCAUUGUCGACAGUGGUUCUCCUUCACUCAGUAGCACCAAUACCCUUACUAUCCGGGUAUGUGAUUGUGAUACUGAUGGCAUCGCUCAAACUUGCAACGCAGAGGCCUAUAUCUUGCCAGCCGGGCUUAGCACUGGAGCACUAAUAGCAAUACUGGCUUGUGUCCUGACAUUGCUAGUGCUUGUCCUGCUGAUUGUUACAAUGAGAAGGCGGAAAAAAGAGCCCCUUGUUUUCGAUGAAGAGAGAGAUAUCAGGGAAAAUAUAGUCAGAUAUGAUGACGAGGGAGGUGGAGAAGAAGACACAGAAGCCUUUGAUAUGGCUGCCUUGAGGAACCUCAACAUCAUCCGAGACACCAAGACCAGGAGGGAUGUGACUCCAGAGAUUCAGUUCUUGAGUAGACCAUCAUUUAAAAGCAUUCCAGAUAACGUCAUUUUUAGAGAAUUUAUUUGGGAAAGACUAAAGGAGGCUGAUGUGGAUCCUUGUGCACCCCCCUACGAUUCCCUGCAGACAUAUGCAUUUGAGGGAAAUGGUUCAGUGGCUGAGUCACUCAGCUCUUUAGAUUCUAUCAGUUCAAACUCUGACCAGAAUUACGAUUACCUCAGUGACUGGGGGCCUCGUUUUAAACGACUUGCAGAUAUGUAUGGAACUGGACCAGAAAAUUUGUAUUCAUAG